AUGUUACGAAUAGAUUAUUUUAAAAUACCUAAACCAAAGACAUUUCUUUAUUUUUUGGAUUUACAAAUGGGUACUGAAUUGAUUAUCUUUUUUUCUAUUUUAAAUAAGGCGUCUGGUAUUUAUGGGUUUAUUGCUAUAUUAACGAACUACUCUUUUUUAAAUACAUCUUUAUGGAAAAUGUUUAUGUAUUUUUAUUCUUUAUUUGCAUUAUUUGGGUGUGCAAUGAUGAUAAAAUAUAUUCGAACGGAGUCUCCUUUUCAUUUAUUAAUUUAUGCUUAUUUUUAUUUUAUUGAUACUUUUAUUAGUUCAGUAUAUUCAGCAAUAUUUGCAGUCGUAUGGUUUAUGGAUAUAUUAAAGAACGCGAUUAUUUCUUCUGGUAUUGGAGAAACUGUUGAUCAUUUUCAAAAAUCUGAAAUAUUUAAAUCGUGGCAUCUUGAUCAGUCCGGAUAUAUUCAUGAUACAUCUUUAAUGUCUUUUUCUAUUGAGAAAUUUUUUACUAUCUUAAUUCUGUGUUUUUUUUUGUGUCUUAAGAUAUAUUUUUGUCUUGUGGUGUUUUCAUAUGCACGCUAUUUAAUAAUACGUGCAGGAAAUAUGCAUAAAUGUUUACGUAAUGAAUGGUUAAAAAAGUUGGUUUAUAUAUUGACUUAUGGGAAAUAUUGGAAAAAGGCUGAUGAUACUUCUUAUAAAGUUAAGUGUUCAUUGGAGCUUAAAGUAUGUGAUAAUGAGUUAGCAAAUGGAAAUUUUUAUAAUAAUAGGAUAUGA